GCCGGCGAAUCAGAUCAGACCAUCUGUAAACAUGGCGUCUGACAGUCGUUGGAAAUGUGUCGCGCUCCUCUUUUGUACUUAUUUGCUUUAUUCGUUGGCGACUGACAGUAAGGAUAAAACCAAGAAAAAGAAGGACAUAAGAGACUACAAUGAUGCAGAUAUGGCUCGUCUUCUUGAACAGUGGGAGAAGGAUGAUGACAUCGAGGAAGGUGAUCUUCCCGAGCACCGGAGAGCUCCUCCUCCCAUCGACUUCUCCAAGAUUGACCAGUCCCAACCUGAAGAUCUGCUCAAAAUGUCCAAGAAGGGCCGCACCCUGAUGGUUUUUGCUUCAGUGUCGGGGGAACCCACUGAGAAGGAGACAGAGGAGAUCACAAGCCUAUGGCAGGGCAGCCUCUUCAAUGCCAACUAUGACAUUCAAAGAUUUGUGGUGGGCUCAAACAGGGCAAUCUUCAUGUUGCGAGAUGGCAGCCUCGCAUGGGAAGUCAAAGAUUUCUUGCUGACCCAGGAGCGCUGCUUGGACGUGACUGUCGAAGGGCAGGUGUUCCCCGGGAAGGCUGCCAAGAAGGAUGACAGCGGGUACAAGCAGGAGAAUGAAGCCCACGCCAAGAAGAGCAAAAAGAAGGCGGAGAGCAAGAAAGUUGAUUUGGAAGGGAACAGAGCCAGGAAACAGGACCUAUGAUGGAGGAACAAAGAGUUGUUUCGAAUUGUCUGAGAGGGUGCAGGACCACAUGAGCAGGUUGCAGUUUGCGGUCAUUUAGUAAAAAACUAAUAAAUCAUCACCGAGUUGAUUGCCUUGACUGCUAAGCACUUCCAUUGUUGUUUAGUUGAUCAACAGCUGUGCUUUUACAAAUGUGUGUGUGUGUGGCUAAAUCCCAACGGUACUCACAAAAAGCAGUCUGGUGAGGUUGGAAUGACAUUUCCCUUCACAUAUGUGCAAGCGUGUCAUUUAGUUGACCUUCACUUCCUUUUUGUUCAUGUCCCACUGCUCUUCAAUCUGUGUUAAAAAAAUAGCAUGCUUUUUCUUGAUUUUCACUCAUGAUAAAACUUUUUUUAAUUUAACACAAACUAUUGUUUUUCAUUUUCAAUUUAUUUAUGAUUCUUGAAUUUCUGGAGUUGCAGGAAUCACUUUUGGAGUCAACAGCGUGAGCCAAUAGAAUAUAAUGUGCAGUAGCAACCCACGAGAGCAUUGACUUGAUAUCACGGUUGAUGAAGCCUAUUGUUGUCUAAGACAAGCCCAACUGACCGAUUGCAACUGAUCGAAUGUCUUGUCAAUGGAAUGGUCUUUAUUCUGGACCUGAAUUGAUUUGAUUUACAGGCACCUUUCAAUGUCACUGUACAAGCAUAGUUAACAGUAAAAUCAAAAUAACAAAACAAAUGACGAUGAAUAGCCACAUGCAGUAGCACUGCCAUUUUUUUCUUUCUCCAUCAUUGUGUUCCCCCUAUUUAAUUCGUAGUUUGCUGUCUGGGAGUGUUGAUGCCAUCGGACCUGCAAUGCACACUGAGAUCGUGAUACAGUUAUUACAAUUUCAGCAUCCCAGCACUCUGAUCCCACUCAUCUCUUUCUCAUCUACUACCAACAUUUAAAUCAGGGGUUACCAAUAUGGCGCCAACAUACAGCAGCUCGGCUCUCAGCGGCCCUGAUAUGAAGCUAUCCUGUCUCACUGUCUUGCCAAGUUAGCUAUUUCCAACCAAAACUGUAUGCUGUUUUUUCUUAGUUUUUGUACCACUAAUCCUGAGCCUGAAUGGGCAGCUUCCAAUCUGAGUGGAGUUUACUUGGGCUAUCUCACACUACAGUACAGUCGAAAUAGACUUAAGUACAUCCAUUAGUCUUCUCUAGUGCCACCGACUGGACAAAAUACAUAUGACACAGUACUGUCAGCAUUUAGAAUUUCUACCAAUUGGGCUCCAGAGUCUGUGAUUUAGUUGUGUGGAAUGCGAGUAAUGAAUAUUCGGGUCAUACAUGUAUGUAAAUACAGUUUUGAAAUGAAGGAAUGCGACAAGCAGCAUAAUGGAAGUGGUUCAAAAUGUCAAUUUAGGUUUAAGGUUGAAUUUUACCUCUGAAUGCCGAUGGUCACACAAGAUUACAUUGAUCUGACAGGUGUGGCAGGUUAUGCUCACCCACACAAUCUCUACAUAUUUAUAGCCCUUAAGGUUUUUUGUACUCAGUGCAAAGCGAUAUUUUUGUGAGUGUCCUUUUUUUUUGGCUUGAGUAAAUGCCCCCAAAAUGUCUGCACAUUCCUACGUUCAUAGCCAAAAUUCUUGAGAAAGUUAUUUCUAAUCAAUGCAGCAAUUUCUUGAAUUUAAAUGGACUUUUUGACAAAUUUCAAUCAGGUUUCCAAACUCAUCACAGUACAGAAUCUGCUCUUAUCAAAGUGCUAAAUAUAUAAGGUUGAAUACUGACUCAGGAAAGGUGUCAAUUUUUGUCUUGUUGGAUCUCAGUGUGGGUUUUGAUACGGUAGAUCACAAUAUACUGUUAAACAGGUUGGAAACAUGGGUUUGAGUAAAUGGAACGGUCCUUAAAUGGUUUAGGUCCUACCUAGAGGAAAGGAGCUACUCUGUGACCACUGGAGGUGCUCGGAUCAGCAAAUGGCAAUGAUCUAUGGGGUCCCUCAAGGGUCAGUUCUUGGACCUCUCCUGUUCAGCCUGUAUAUGCUACCCUUGGGUCACAUUCUUCAAAACUUUAAUUUUGACUACCAUAGCUAUGCAGGUGAUACACAGUUGUUUAAUGUUUUUUUCUGGGAUGGAAGUCCAGUCAGAAGACAUAUACAAUAGUCAAGUCUGUCUCCUUCUCAUUUUUCCUUCGGCUUGUCCCGUUAGGGGUCGCCACAGCGUGUCAUCUUUUUCCAUCUAAGCCCAUCUUGUGCAUCCUCCUCUCUAAGACCCAGUGACCUCAUGUCCACAACAUCCAUCAACCUUUUCUUUGGUCUUCCUCUCACUCUUUUGCUGGGCAGUCUGUACUUCAGAAAAAAGCAUGGAUGAGCUACUCCUGGUCUGCUUGACACAUAUAAGCAUUCACUCGAGGUGUGUUCAUCACAAUAGUCAAAGGCAGUUUUUGUGAUUGAUAUGAUAUGACUGUUGAAAGUCAGGCUGGAAUCAACCAGAAUACCAAGGUUUUAGACUUGGUCUUUGUUUUUUAAAGACAGAGACUCCAGCUAUUUACUAACAGUAAUUCUCUUUUCUUUAUUGCACAAAACAAAGGUCUCGGUUUUGACGUGGUUUAGUUGAAGAAAGGUUUGGCUCAUCCAGUUAUUUAUCUGCUUUAGACAGUGGCACAAAACCUCAAUUGAACUGCAGUCAUCUGGAGACACUGCUAAAUAUAAAUGUUUUUAGGAGAAUUAUUAGGAGAUUUCAUGGGGUAGGCUAGCAAUACUCAUCAGCAACCCAAGUGCUCAUGUAUACUGUCCUUGAACACUACUCAAGUUCUGCACAUAUGAGCACUGGCCACUGUUGACAAACAUCUUCCAAAGCUUGAAGUAGAGCCUCUGGCUGUGAGAGAAGGCCAAAUUGGUUGUACUGUUUGAACCAUGGCUGGUGUUCAGUCACUUAAAAAAGUUGUCCUCGAGGAAAGAUUUUUGAAGGGAAAGCCCCCCACCCCUGAGACCAGAAGAUGUAACUUCAAGUGAGUCAAUCAGAGGGGAAAAAAAAAAAUAGAAAUAAAAAAAAAAACAAAAACUACAAGGAAUUGCAAUACACAACCAGACACCAGUAAAAAAUCUCUCUUGAGCAUUAUUUAUUUCUGUACAAAAAACUUACUUUUUCUUUUUUACAAGCUCAAAUCCCUUUUACAACAUACCAUUUUGGUUACAGUGGAAAAAAAAUCAUAUCCAUGUUUGCAAGAGGUUGAAAGAUGAAUCUAUUAUCUCUACUUGUGGUAUUCUGUACACAUAGGACAGUGACAACCAUACAACUCAGAUGAUGUUCCUUGACAAUUUGGGUUGGUGGAAUCUGUACAAUAAAUACGUAUAAAAUAUAA